CAAGUGUUGUCAAACAACAACAACUAACUAACAAACGCUGCGUUUACGUUUGACAGUGAUAUGACAGCACGAGGGCUUUAACAGAGGCAGCGCUAGCAUUGGUUGCAGCUUGACUGGCGGUGUUACAUUAGUUAGCCUCUCUGCUGGCUAGCAUAUUGUAUCGUUAUGGCGUGAGGUUGAACGCUAGCAGCUUGACGGCGAGCUUUUUUGAUUUUACAGUCAAUAUCAUACACGAAGAGGGGAGCAUAUGUGUUUAACAGCUUAACUCCUCGCAGGUUAGGCUUUUUCACAGCUGCCUGCCGACUGAGUUGGACUAGCUACUAAGCUAAUUUGACGUUAGCAUGGCGUCUGAUACAAGUGACACCGAGGAAUUUUAUGAUGCUCCGGAGGACGUGAAUUUCACUCCAUCGCCGAAAGUGUCACCUGCAAAGUUUGUCAUUCCUUCACCUAAGCUUUCACAGAAGUCUGUGCACACUGCUCAGGACGUGAGCUGUGCAGUGGCUUCAUCCGACUCUCAGCAAGAUGAUUCGCUACAGAUCAUUGAUAGCAUCAUCGAGGAGAGUCAAAAAGGAAGUGCUGCUGAAGUCGGUGAGGUGGCUGAGCUCUUAGAUCAGCUGCAUGUCGGCGUUCGGGCAGACCCAAAGGAAAAGAAUAAUGCUGAGGGACUUCCUGCCCAGUCAGCAGAACCAGUCGCUGAACCUCAGCUUGUGCAGAGGUCAGAGGAACAGAACAGUGUAGCGACGGAAGGCGGCUACUCUAUACCUCCUCCCGAGCCCGCUCCUCUCCCAGGACCAUCAGUCGUUUUGCCAGAGCACGUCCAGCCUCCAGACAUCACCAGCACCAUCGGGCAGCGUCUGCCUGAUGGAGCUGUUGGGGCUGCAGAGGGCGAACAGGUGGAGAGACCUGCAGACAUCUUAGACCAGGUUCCUCUGGAAGACCGGCUGGCGGACCCGGACUCUUCCGGUCCCAUGAAACCACCACGACAGUUCACCGUGGAGCCGGACAUUGUAGCCAGCACAAAGAAGCCUCCUCCUUCACGACCGCCUCCGCCCAGUGGAGGUCCUCCACCCAGACCUCCUCCUCCAGCCUGGCAGACUUUACCUUCCAAGAAGUCCCAGGAGUGUCUGCGGCCCAGUGGACUGGAAGUGUCUGCAGUCGGCCCGGCCGCUGCAGAUCCGCUGGAGCCCUCCGGCCUGGUGUCUCCCAGCAGCACGGUGAGGAGUCUAACCAAAGAGCUGCAGCAUUCCCUGGACCUGGCCAGCGCCACCAGCGGGGACAAAGUGGUGACAGCACAGGAAAAUGAGGAUGAGCAGGCUUCGUCUGAGAGCGAAGGCCAGACGGCGGGCCCUCAGCGGCCACGUUCCAACUCCGGUAGAGAACUGACAGAUGAAGAAAUCUUAGCGAGCGUGAUGAUCAAGAAUUUAGACACCGGGGAGGAGAUCCCUUUAAUCCAGGCAGAGGAGAAACUUCCCACGGGGAUCAACCCUCUGACUCUGCACAUCAUGAGGAGGACCAAGGAGUACAUUACGAACGAUGCAGCGCAGUCAGAUGACGAUGACAAGUCUCAGGCUCCACUGACAGACACAGAUGGAGGAAAACUGAAACAGAGAACAACCCAGUUCAAAAAAUUCCUGGGCAAAUCUGUGAAGAAGGCCAAGCAUCUUGCAGAGGAGUACGGAGAGAAGGCAGUUAAUAAAGUGAAAAGUGUGCGUGAUGAAGUUUUUCAUACCGAUCAGGACGAUCCGUCUUCGAGUGACGAUGAGGGCAUGCCUUACACCCGACCCGCCAAGUUCAAGGCGGCGCACAGCUUCAAGGGUCCCUUUGACUUCGACCAGAUUAAAGUAGUGCAGGACCUGAGUGGCGAGCACAUGGGGGCUGUUUGGACCAUGAAGUUCUCCCACUGUGGGAGGCUGCUGGCGACCGCGGGGCAGGAUAACGUGGUCCGCAUCUGGGUCCUGAAGACCGCCUUCGAUUACUUCAACAACAUGCGCAUAAAGUACAACACGGAAGGUCGAGUUUCACCUUCUCCUUCUCAGGAAAGUUUAUGCUCGUCUAAAUCUGACACUGAUUUCGGGGCGAGUUGUAUGCCAGAGGAUCCAGACACCGAGGAUCGAAACGCCCCUUUUCGUCAAGUCCCCUUCUGCAAGUACAAGGGUCAUACAGCCGACCUCUUAGACCUGUCCUGGUCAAAGAACUUUUUCCUGCUGUCCUCCUCCAUGGACAAAACAGUUCGAUUAUGGCACAUAUCCAGGAGAGAGUGUCUGUGCUGCUUUCAGCACAUUGAUUUUGUCACAGCCAUCGCCUUCCACCCCAGAGACGACAGAUACUUUUUAAGCGGCUCGCUGGAUGGGAAGCUACGACUCUGGAACAUCCCGGAUAAAAAGGUGGCCCUGUGGAACGAGGUGGACGGCCAGACUCGCCUCAUCACCGCUGCCAACUUCUGCCAGAACGGGAAAUACGCCGUCAUCGGCACCUACGACGGCCGCUGCAUCUUCUACGACACCGAGCGUCUAAAAUACCACACUCAAAUUCAUGUGCGGUCGACCAGAGGCAGGAACAAAGUCGGCCGUAAAAUUACCGGCAUCGAACCUCUCCCCGGAGAGAACAAGAUCCUGGUCACCUCAAACGAUUCCCGGAUUCGCCUUUACGACCUGAGGGACUUGUCUCUGUCCAUGAAGUACAAGGGCUACGUGAACAGCAGCAGCCAGAUCAAGGCCAGCUUCAGCCAUGACUACUCCUUCAUCGUCAGUGGAUCAGAGGACAGAUACGUGUACAUCUGGAGCACGUACCACGACCUGAGCAAGUUCACGUCUGUGCGACGGGAUCGCAAUGACUUCUGGGAAGGGAUUAAAGCACACAAUGCCGUGGUCACCUCAGCCGUGUUCGCUCCCCAUCCAAGCCUCAUCGUUCCACAAGAAUGUGGAGCAGAGAAACCAGAAGCAGAGUGCAAGAGCCUGGACUCCACGGAUUCUGAAACUAUACCCUCAGGAGCCCUGAAGACGGAUCACACCGAGGUUCUCCUCUCCGCGGACUUCACUGGAGCCAUCAAGGUCUUCAUCAAUGUAAAAAAGUACUGAGCACUUCCCGAGGAUCCAGGACAUCAUGUCAGAAGCCUUUUAAGAUUUCCUUAACUACCUAAUGGUUUGUGGGUGUUCUAAAACCUCAGCUGAGAGAAGCGGUGGAAGCUAUGAACUGUACAGAAGUGACGGGCGGAGACGUCCGGUCACUCUUCUGUUAUUUUUACCUUUCAUACCAAGCUACUGUGAACGGUUUGGGUGGAGAGAACAAGAACAAGACCCGUGAAUUUUCUGUGUGGAGUUUGAGCCGAGAGAAAUCUGCUCGGAUACGGUUUAAACCGAUCGGCUGUUCCUCACCAUGUGGACAUCCUCCUGUUGGUUCCCUCUUUUCGAACAAGCGUAGUUUUCCAUAGAGAAGCCAGACAUGGUCCAACGCUGAUCAGAUUUCAGUGUGUCUGCAUACAGACUGUCAACCUUUUUUUUUUUUCU